AGCAAAAAGCAAAAAGACCUUCGACGACCAUUGACCCGUUUCGAGACCUUCCAACAGUUGUAGUGUAAGAUACUAGUAGCGGACUUUAGAAUAGAAAGCCUAGCAAAGAAGUUUAUCUGUGGUAUUUGAUUAGCAGCCAUGACGACGGCAGAAGAACGCAAACGCAAGCGGCUGGAAGCAUGGAGGCGAAAACAAGAGUUGGCCAAGGCUCCAGCGCCCAAGGUCUCUGUGUCCCUCUCGUUGGGUGGUCUCAAGACCAACAAGAAGAAGAAAAAGUCACCUUCAGAACCCAAGAAGAAGAAGAAGAAGAGCAACGCCUUUUUCGGGGACGACGAUGAUGGCAGCGACAAGGAGGAGGAGACUACCCAGACGCGCCGAAACAAACCGAAAUUGUUGACUCUGGAGACGAUUCAGGACGCCUCUUCCGCCGAACCGCCCAAGAAACGCAGUCGGGGUCGUUGGGACAAGGCACCGACGCCUCAAAAGUCGCAAGGAGACGAUGCCCUGGACAAAUUCAUGUCAAAUUUGGGAAAUGUCGCCUCCCAAGAAGAAGAGGGUGUUUUGAAUCUGGACGGCAUGUCACGCAAGACGACAAAGCAGCCAAAGGCACCCGUGUCGGGAGGUGUCAUUACGCCUGAAGAAUUGCAGCGGUUGACUCAAACUAGUAAUAGCAAACGAAAGGAUGACAUGGAAAUUGACAACAACAACAACAACGAUUCUGCCAACAAGAACAACAACCAAGAAACCGACGACGAAGAAGAGGAAAAGGCACGACGCGCCUUUAUCGAGGCUCUCAAAUCCACACCGGCUUUUGUAGGAGAAGAACAAGACGACAAUAGCAACAAUGAAGCAAGUAAAAAGCCCGAAUUGGCAGCCGAAGUCAAGAGCGAAAAACAACGCCGCGAACAACGCAUGAAGGAAUUAGAACAAGAGGCCGAGAAUGCCCGUUUUGGAGCUCAAGCCGCGGCAGCUCCCGAACUGGGACGUCUCUACAACGAUGUGGAAGGAGGAGUCAUGGAAGAAGCGGAACGCAAUUUGGAUGCCGCCAUGGCAGCACCCGAUGCCCUUACGGUCUUGGCCGAACUCAACAAGAAGAAAGAACUCAAAGCCGUCGAUCACUCGGAAAUUGAAUACAUUGAUUUCCAAAAGAAUUUAUUCGUCGUGCCCCGGGCGUUGGCGUCAUUGACCAAUGACGAAGUCAUUUCCAUACGAGCCAAACUCAAGGUUCGGGUGCGAGGGCAUGGCGCUCCGCCACCCGUGUCGACGUUUGAGCAGUGUGGUGUCAGUGAAAAGAUUCUGCAAAUCCUAUACAAGCAAAACAUUCGCAAACCAUUUCCAGUGCAAGCACAGUGUAUCCCCUGCAUUAUGAGCGGAAGGGAUGUGAUUGGAAUUGCCAAGACGGGGUCGGGAAAGACUCUGGCCUACCUCUUGCCCAUGCUUCGGCACAUUAUGGUGCAGCCUCCCUUGGCACCUCACGAAUCGGGACCCAUUGGUCUCAUUUUAGCACCGGCUCGAGAAUUGGCUUAUCAGAUUCAUUUGGUUUGCAAGGCAUAUUGCAAGAACCUUGGACUCAAGUCGACCGCUGUCUAUGGUGGUGCUUCGGUUGCUGAGCAGAUCGCAGACCUAAAACGAGGCGCUCACAUUGUGGUCGCCACCCCGGGACGAAUUAUUGACGUGCUUACGAUGCAGGGAGGGAAACUCUUGUCGUUGGAACGUGUGACAUCCGUUUGUUUGGACGAGUCUGAUAGAAUGUUCGAUAUGGGGUUUGCCCCUCAAAUUCAGGCCAUUAUGGGUGCCGUACGACCUGACCGUCAGACGGUGCUGUUCAGUGCGACCUUUCCAAAAGCUGUUGAGGCACUUGCGCGAAAGGCGCUCAAGUACCCAGUGGAAGUGAUGGUGGGUGGACGAUCGGUGGCAUCCGACAAUGUGACGCAAUAUGCAGAGCUCGUGGAGGAGGAAGACAAAUUCCUCCGGUUACUACAGAUUCUAGGAGAACACGUCGAAGGGACCAAGAAAGCCAUUGUCUUUUUGGAUACACAAGUGCGCACCGACUCACUAUUCGAACAGCUCCUGCGCAGUGGAUACACGACACAGCCGCUUCACGGAGGCAUGGAGCAGGAAGAUCGAGACUCUGCCAUUUCUGACUUUAAGCGCAAGGAUGGGCCCAAUGUAUUGGUGGCAACGGGUGUGGCAGGUCGUGGAUUGGAUGUUCCAUCGUGUACGUGUGUCGUCAAUUAUUCUGCCCCCAAUCACUUGGAAGCCUACGUCCAUCAAGUUGGAAGGACAGGUCGGGCUGGUAACCGGGGCGUGGCGUUUACGUUUGUCAAUAGCACGAACGAGGAGAAGUUUGCCCCCAGUGUAGUUCGUGCGCUGAGUGAAGCGGGUCAAGCGGAGAAUAUCAAACCAGAGCUCAAGAAAAUGUCGGAGGAAUUCAAGGCCAAGGUCGAAAAGGGCGAAGCAAAGUUUGCCGGUUCUGGUUUCAAAGGAAAGGGCUACAGCUACGACAAGUCCGAGUUGAGCGAGCAUCAAAAGAUGCAACAAAUGGAGAAGCGCCAAGCUCUCAUUGAAGCCGGUUUGCUCGACCCUGACGACGAAGAACACAUGCUGGAAGAAGCCAAGUCGAAUAACAACAACAAGAAUAAUGCUGCGGAUGGUGACGAUCCUUCUCCUGCCAAGAAAUCGAGCAUCAGUGCCGCCGACAAGGCUGCCGGAGAAGCCGACAAGGUUCUAGCUCAGUUUGGUACGGGCGAGAAUCAGCCCAAGCUCACUCCCGAGUUGUUGGCAUUGCCGGGCAUGAAGGAUGCCAUUCUGCGCAAGGCUGGAAUCAUCAAAGAACCGGAUGAUACGAACAGCAGUGGCAAGCCGGACUCGUCGGGCGGCCGUGCCGUGCAGAUGGGCACCAAUCAUUUUGUGCAAGAAUUUGAAAUCAAUGAUUAUCCUCGCGAAGCUCGUUGGAAGGUGACGCAACGAGAGACGACGAGUCGCCUGCAAGAUGAAUUCCAGACAGCCGUGACCCUCAAGGGCCAGUACUUUGAUUCGAGCAAGACUCCUGGAGCAGGAGAACGCAAGCUGUAUUUGCACCUGGAAGCGACGAGCGAGCGCAUUUUGGCGAAUUGCGUGUUGGAGAUUCAGCGUUUGUUGAACGAGGAGACGUUGCGUGUGGGCACUCGUGGUAUGAGCGGCGGAGGGAGCAGUCACAAGUACAAUGUUCUAUAGAUAUUAGACAAUGCGACCAUUUUGGUUUUAGUGGAAAGAGAGUCCCCCGUUUUGUAU